GACAUAUAGAAGCAAUAAAAAAGCCCUCUUUGAUUAGGGUUUUGUGUCAAGAGGAGCUUAAGAAUCUUGGAGAGCUUUUAGUGACCUAAAUCUUACAAGAUGUCUUGGGUUCGAUUCAAAAUUGAGCAAAAAGAUGGGAACUUUGCGUACCCACCACCGUUUUUCAAAGACCCAAUUCUCUCUCCGCCGUCAACUCCGCCACCGUCGUCCGGUAACAGAAUCAGUCCGGCGGUUUUGUUUGUAAUUGUGAUACUAGCUGUCUUGUCUAAUAGAUUCCCUGAGAUCUCAACUACUGAUGCUCUUCAAAGACAGCUUCAACAGCUUUUUCAUUUGAAUGAUUCUGGUCUUGAUCAAGCUUUUAUUGACGCUUUACCUGUUUUUCACUACAAAGAGAUUGUUGGUAGUGGUAAUGGUGCUGCUCAAGAGCCAUUCGAUUGCGCGGUUUGUCUCUGUGAGUUUUCUGAGAAAGAUAAGCUUAGAUUGUUGCCAAUGUGUAGUCAUGCUUUUCAUUUGAACUGUAUUGAUACUUGGCUUCAGUCAAAUUCGACUUGUCCUCUUUGUCGUGGCACUCUCUUUUCCCCUGGUUUCUCAAUGGAGAACCCGAUGUUUGAUUUCGAUGAUAUAAGAGAAGAUGAAGAGGGUGUAACCGAGAAUGGAAGCCAGAAAACUAUGGAGAUCCAAGAAAUCGUUGUGGAGAAAGGAGUUUUACCGGUGAGAUUGGGGAAAUUUAAGAGGCUAGACAAUGUUGGUAAUGGUCAGGGUCAGGAUGUUGUUGCUGGAGGAGAGACUAGUAGCAGUAAUUUGGAUGCAAGAAGAUGUUUCUCAAUGGGUUCGUAUCAGUAUAUACUCGGUAACUCUGAACUUAAAGUCCCGUUUGCCAACGAUAGACUGCCGCGUUUGAAACCUCAGGACAAAGAAUCUGAGCAGACAGGGAAUUCAUCAUCAGAAGACAACAAAAAGAUCAAUAGUGUGGCUAAAGGCGAGAGCUUUUCGGUUUCGAAGAUUUGGUUGUGGCCCAAGAAAGAUAAAUUCUCUUCAGAUGCUCAAAGAAGGUUGCCUUCUUCAUCACUUAACGUUGAUGAUCUUCCGAAACUUCCAUGGAUGGAAGAACAUAAGAAGCUGGAGAACGACGAAAGGUAGUAUCUUUUGCUCAUUUUUCAAUCAAAAUGAUCGAUACUU